CUAGUUCCCAAUCUGGCAGUUUUCAAGCCUUGCUUGACUUUCACGGGUGUACCCCUUUGUGAUAGGCUCCCCCAAAAAGGAAGCUCAUGAAACUUAAGAAUUAGUUACAAAGGGACCAAAACCCAAGUGUCCACAGAGGGCCAGGUGAUCAGGAUGAAAGUCAGACCAGCUGUGCCAGAAAUUCCAAGGGGAAAGUCUUCAUGGAUGAAGUCCUGACUGAGCCACCACAGAAAGAAAGUGACUCCAGAGGAACCUUCAUGACUUCAUGUGGGUUCUCACACAGCCAUUAUGACAUCAGUAGCCUGGCCAGCCUAGGGGUCUGAGCCUCCAGAUGCCUGACCUACUGACCUCCAACACACAGCACAGCCGGGGACAUGAUCCUACCCUCCAUUCUGCUGCUUGUUGUCCACACUCUGGAAGCAAAUGUUGAAUGCGGUGUGAGACCCCUGUAUGAUAGCAGAAUUGGACACUCCAGGAUCAUAGGAGGGCAGGAGGCUGAGGUGGGUGAAUUCCCAUGGCAGGUGAGCAUUCAGGAAAAUGACCAUCAUUUCUGCGGCGGCUCCAUUCUCAGUGAGUGGUGGAUACUCACCGUGGCCCACUGCUUUUAUUCUCAGGAGCUUUCCCCAACAGAACUCACAGUCAGAGUGGGAACCAAUGACUUAACUACUUCACCCAUGGAACUGCAGGUCACCAACAUAAUUCGGCACAAAGACUUUAAACGACACAGCAUGGACAACGACAUCGCCUUGCUGCUGCUGGCCAAUCCCUUAACGUUCAAUGAGCAGACAGUGCCCAUCUGCAUGCCCCUCCAGCCCACCCCUCCCAGCUGGCAGGAAUGCUGGGUGGCAGGAUGGGGCACAACCAACUCGGCUGACAAAGAAUCCAUGAACAUGGAUCUGAUGAAGGUGCCCAUGCGCAUUACAGAUUGGAAGGAAUGCUUACAGUUGUUUCCAAGCCUCACCACAAACAUGCUGUGUGCUUCAUAUGGCAAUGAGAGCUUCGAUGCCUGCCAGGGUGACAGUGGGGGACCACUUGUCUGCAACCAAGAGUCUGACGGCAGGUGGUACCAAGUGGGCAUCAUCAGCUGGGGCAAAAGCUGUGGACAAAAAGGCUCCCCAGGGAUAUACACUGUCUUGGCAAACUAUAUCCUGUGGAUUGAGAAAAUCACCCAGAUAGAGGGGAAGCCCUUGGAUCUUAAUAGUCAGAUGGUCUCUGUCAAGAAGAAAACCAGGAAGAACAACCAAACCUCCAAAUGCCCAGCCCUGAACUACCCCCAAAGCUGGCUCCUGCCCUGUCUUCUGUCCUUUGCACUGCUUAGAGCUUUGUCCAACUGGGAAUAAAACAAUACAGUCUCUGA